AUGGGACACUGGGGAGAUAUCUUCGGCUUCGAUCGCCGCACAGUAAACCGCCGCUUUCAGGUAGAGCGUCGCCGGCUUCUCCCUGCGUUCGCUGCCGAUGAGUUUCCAUCUUCUGAGUCCUCGAAGGAAAUUUCUAAGGUUGCUCUGCGUUUGAAAUAUCAAAUUGAGCAGCUGGUCCCCUGCGAGGUCCAGGAGAGCGUGCUGACUGACCCUAACAGUCGCAUUAUCACAGAGGAUGUGAUCAAGACAGCCAAAAACGCCGGCGGUGAGGAACACAAGGCCUGCGUUGUCUAUUGUCUUCUCACGUGUUUACGAUGGUUUAAGAUUCAGGCCUCUGUGGAGCUCUGGGAUGCGGAUCUCCACGGAGAUCGAGCUGUAGCUUGCGAGGUCAUUGCCAAGCGCAUCAUCGAUGGUGAGCAAGACCAGGACUAUCUGCUCAAAAACAUUCUCCUCAAGCGAUACUCCAUCUUUGUUGAAGGAGAAGAAACGGACCCGGCCAACGUUAUCGAGAGCUCGGUGGACCUCAGCGCUCUGCGAGUUAUCAGCUCAGCUGGAUACCAGAAAUGUAUCUCGUACCUGUGGCAAGGCUGGAUCUGCCAGGAAGAAGGCAAUCCGACCAAUUUCGUCGAGUACGGUGACAAGUCGAGCACCGAUUACUGGACUCACUUCCACCCCGACCGGAUGCGCACCCCUCUGUACCAGAACGUCUGCCAGAUCUUGUUCUCUCUGAUUUAUCUUGCACUAUACACGGCUGUGAUCAAUACUGUCAAUCCAACUGGCGACCUUGAUGUGGCCGAGUGCAUUCUUUAUACAAUGACGCUUGCGUUCAUUUGUGACGAAGGAGCCAAGGUCUGGAAAGUUGGUUUGAACUAUCUUGAGUUCUGGAAUGCCUUCAAUUCGACUCUUUACGCGCUGCUGGCAAUAUCCUUCGUUAUGCGCGUUGUUGCCUUGGCACAUUUGCCCUCGAGUCAGGAUGAAAAGCGGCAUUUGUUCAAUGAGCUGAGCUAUAACUUCCUGGCCUUUGCCGGUCCGAUGUUUUGGAUGCGUAUGAUGCUCUACUUGGACUCUUUCCGCUUCUUCGGUGCCAUGUUUGUGGUGUUGCGUGUCAUGAUGAAGGAGAGCAUAAUUUUCUUUGCUCUCCUGUUUGUGGUUCUGGUUGGUUUCUUCCAGGCUUUCAUUGGAAUGGCUCAAGUUGACUCCGAUGUCGACAUGACCCGCCCCAUUAUCCAGGGCAUGGCGAACUCUGUGAUGCAGAGCCCUGAAUUUGGAACUUUCCAGGACUUUGCAUUCCCCUUCGGCAUCAUUCUCUACUACAUUUUCAACUUCGUUGUCAUGAUCGUGUUAUUGAAUAUUCUGAUUGCGCUGUACAACAGUGCGUAUGAAGACAUCUCCGGUAACGCCACCGAUGAGUACAUGGCCAUCUUUGCCCAAAAGACCAUGCAAUUCGUUCGUGCCCCGGAUGAGAAUGUGUUCAUUCCGCCCUUCAACCUGAUCGAAAUACUGGGUCUUGUAGCUCCAUUCGAAUGGUGGCUUUCGCGAAAGCACUACGCCAAGCUUAACGACAUCGUAAUGGGUAUCAUUUACUCGCCUCUCCUCGUAAUCACUGCUUGGCUUGAGACCCGUGAGGCCAGACAAAUCCAAUGGAACCGUCGUCACGGAGAGGAGGACGAGAACGACGCCCAGGAAUGGGGACAUGUGGCUGAGGACGUUGACUUUGAUCUUGACGACAAUUGGAAGGAAGAGGUCAAGCAGAGCACGCCUGAUAUGAAGGCUGAUCCCUGCACAGCGGAGGUUCGGCAGCUGAAGGAACAGGUUGCCGCGCUGACGGAGAUGGUGAAGAAACUGACUGAGAAAAUGGAUCCGGUGGAUGGACUUUCUUGA